UUGCUUUGAAAUUAUCUCCUUUUUCCCUUCCUUUUGAAUAUUUGACCACCUCCUCUAUCAUCAAUUCCCUUCCUUUUCUUCAAAACCCUAUCUCAUCUCAUUUUGGGGUCUCAAUCACGGAUAAUUCAUCUCUUCUAUUUAAAUUCAGGGUUACUUCAAAAAAGAAAUAAGGAAUGUCUUUCACACAGAAUUGUCGCAUGCAAGGGGGCGUUUUUCAGGAUGAUUACUGGAACCCAUUCUAUAGAAAUAAUUACAGCAGUUACAGUUCCAAUAACUACAGAAACGGGAAUGGGAAAUGGAGUAGCGACCCUACCAGGAUUUUUAACCAUACACAGGAGUUCUUUGGGCAGUUUGGGGAACAUAAUAGAAGUUAUCAGCAUGCACAACUACAUUGUACUCCUUGUUUGAAAAGAAGAAAGUUUUCUGAUGCUACUUGGGGAGAUAGUGGUAGAAACCACCUGUCAUACGGCAUGCAUUGGCCUGCUGCUCCAUUGGACUCCAGCAAUUUCAUUCCUCCUCCUAUAAGAUCAAAUGCUGAAGCCUCUACAUCUGUCAACAAUAAACGUGAUAGGUCACAGUUGGAGGAUGAUGAAUCUGUCUUCUUGUCUAAAGAUGAGAUUGAGAGAUGUUCACCUUCAAGAAGAGAUGGUAUUGAUGCACAUCGUGAAACACGUCUGCGCUAUUCUUAUUGUGCCUUCCUUCAGAACCUUGGUUUGCAGCUAGAGUUGCCACAAACUACCAUUGGCACUGCCAUGGUACUGUGUCAUCGGUUUUUUGUUCGAAGAUCACAUGCUUGCCAUGAUAGAUAUUUAAUUGCUACUGCUGCUCUUUUCCUUGCUGCAAAGUCCGAGGAGACUCCUCGCCCUUUGAACAAUGUAUUGAGAACUUCUUGUGAAAUAUUCCAUAAGCAGGAUAUUACAUUCUUAUCCUACCUGCUCCCAGUUGAUUGGUUUGAGCAGUAUCGGGAACGGGUGAUUGAGGCAGAGCAAAUGAUUCUGACUACCUUAAAUUUUGAACUUAGCGUGCAACAUCCAUAUGAUCCUCUUACAUCCGUUCUUAACAAACUAGGCCUUUCACAAACUGUCUUGGUGAACCUGGCAUUGAACUUGGUCAGUGAAGGGGUCAUUACAAGAUUAGCAUGCACAACUAUAUGAUAUUGUUAGCUGGGGGUUGAUGUGCUGUUCUUGAGAAGUUUUGUUUUUACAUCUGCAGUUGAAUUGCCAAUUUUUACCCUGUCAACAUGGUCAUGGCUAUGAAAGCCACAUGACCUGCAGAAACAAGCCUUAUUAUUAUACUUUUUAACCCAACUUUGGUUUUAUAGUGUCAGUUGAUUAGAAACCACUCGUCUGGAGUCUAUACAAACUUCGAUUUUGUGAAAUCUG